AUGUCUCGCCCUGUUUUCAAAAAUGCUUAUUGUGUUGGAGAUUACAUUGGACGUAAAUUCGUACAAAUUGCUCAGGAAGAUACCUACAAAUGGUUUGCGCGUGACAUGGAAAUCCAGAUCUCUACAUGGUUUGACGUUGAACGCUGGCUUGAGGCUUUUGCAAGAUGCGAAGGCGUUGUCAUUGAAGAAACAUCCGUAAUGACACCUCCUCCUGUGCCACAAUCCUACGCAGUUAAUAGUAUGGUGAGUCUGAUCAAAAUCUCGCUUUCGCAUAAUGAUAGUGCACAUUCAAGCAUGUUCUAUCUCCGUCUCGCAGAGCAGACAUAUCUGACAUGCCAUCAGCUGAGAGAGCAGUUUUUGGGAGGAAACCAUCGUAAAUGGCCAACUUGUUGA